GAAGUUUAUGUCUGACAAUAAUACAUCAAUCCUUCUACUAUACUUAUUAUAAAUAAUACCUGAUCUUGUGGGCGUUUCAUCCAUGUCGAUCUCUACCAUGUCCGAUUACCCAUUCCCCCCUGCAAUGAGAUCUGAGGACACUGACAGCGACGUCGAUUCCGAGUCUGACAGAUACACAGAUAUGUCUCUUGACGCGUUUGCGCCCAGCGUCGCAAGCUCAAAGACAUCUAUGGACGCCUCUAUGCGUUCUCAAUCACCAGCUCCAUCAGUAUUCUCCGUAACAAGCUCUUUGCGAGCCCAAGCAUAUAGGCAAGAAUACGGACGAGGCCUGAACAACUAUUCCGAAGUAUAUCGGUUACCAGCGGACGAUGAAGAACUUGACCGGUUGGACAGACAGCAUGACAUGUUUUGCAAAGCCAUUGGCAAAUACCCACCACCAUUUCCUGAAAUCAUGGCAGAUGAUGAGUUCGAGGUCAAAGCCGUCCUCGACCUCGGCUGUGGCAGUGGCAGCUGGAUAAUGGACAUUGCGAGAGAAUUCCCAAACGCAGGUGCGGUAGCUGUAGAUCUCGUUCCCAUGCAGUCAACAUCUAUGCCACCAAACUGCAGAAGUGAGGUUGACGACAUCAAUCUCGGCCUAGAGCACUUUUAUGGUGAUUUCAACGUCGUCCAUGUUCAACUAAUUUCUUCUGGAAUUCGGGAUUACCAUGGGCUCAUCAACCACAUUGCCCAUGUCCUCCGACCGGGUGGUUUAAUAGACCUCACUGAAUUUCCAUUCAACUUUUCCGGCAUUGAGAAAAAGCCUAUUUGUCCGCCAGCAGGCACAUUUGAACCUCCAUGGACACCCCUAUGGAUGUCUUACGCGAACAGGGCUGUUCGCCAACGGGGUGGUGAUGCGGAUGCUUCCGUGCACAUGCAUGGAUGGGUGUCCAAUCACCCUGCAUUUGAGGACGUCGUGUACCGCGAAUUCUGGAUACCAUGUUCGCCGUGGCUGAAAGGCAACGACCCCAAUAGUAUCUGGUGGAAUGGUAUUGGGGCGACUAUGCGGGAUGACCUUAAAGCAUUUAUGAAAUCCGGUCGCCCUUUGCUCCUCGGCAGUGGGCUAUCGGAGGACUUUGUGGAUCAACUGGAAAAUAACGCAGUGGCGGAAUUGGAUGGGGCAGUCACUCCUGUUUACGUGUGCAUACAAAACGUCUAUGCCCGCAAGAAACUUUGAUUCUGAUUGGCGCCUCGGUCCUAUUUAUUCAUCUGUUUUACCCUUUUGCAUGUCUGGACUCACGUGGGCAUUACAUUGGACUACAUACUGUAUCGAGAGUUUCUUCCCCAUCCUCACUACCAUUCAAUACCUCUACUGACCGCGCUUUCUUCGAAUUUUCAUGGCAUCCCAUUCGUCUGUCACGACACAAGAUAUAUAUUUGACGUAGAUGAUUACAUAUCAAUUCUAAUCUAAGCACCCAGAGGAAAUAAAAAAAAGGACGUAUCCAUGCCCCUACAUA